UAAGCAAGGAGCAGAUGGUACAGAGUCAUGUGAUGUUGUGAGCUGGGGUUGAAUCUGAGAGGUUCUCUUGCGUCUGAUGUGAGUGCUAAGUGCUUUCUCAAGAAAAAGGACUAGUCCCAUUUGGUUGCUCAAUAAAUUAUUGGAGGACCCAGAAUGUCUUACGGAUCCAUUGACGCGGGAUCUUUUGGAAGCAGAAAUCCGUUUGGUGGGCCCACAAGGCAGGGAUACCAGCCAGUAGCUACGCAAGUCAGUCCCUCAGAGCUGCAAGACGUGUUCCAAGAAACCUCCUCUAACAUCUUCCAGAUCAAUGCUAACUUGGUAACACUAGAGAAAAACCUUCAAUCGCUGGGAACAUCCAGAGACACAGCAGAGCUACGGCAGAGUUUACAUUCCACACAGCAGCAAACCAAUAAAGUCAUAACAAGCACAAGCCAACUUGUUAAACAACUCACUGACAUCAUCAGCGGGUCUUCACGGCAAGACAGGCUCCGUCUGACAAGACUCAACACAGAGCUAUCCGAUUCUGUGCAGCGUUAUGGAGACCUGCAGAAGAAAAUUGCAGAUCGUUCGAGGGCCUUGCUUCCUCCUGCACAAAAGGAUGGGAAACAGAGCCUACAGACUCCAUUAAGUGAACUGGUUGAAGAGGGGCCAUUCUUCGGAGUGGGGGAAAGCGUUGAGGGUGAUGCUCAAGCAUUCCUGUCAGAGAUCAGUGAAGAAGAUGUGGAGAUCCUGAGGCAGAGAGAAGAAGCACUGCUGCAGAUUGAGAGAGACAUGCUGGACGUCAGUCAGAUUAUGAAGGACUUGGCCAGCAUGGUGCAUGAACAAGGAGACACCAUAGACAGCAUUGAAGGAUACAUUCAGACAACCUCAUCACAUGUUGAAUCAGCCAAUCAGGAGCUUGCAAAAGCCAGUCAUUAUCAGAGGCAGCUGAGGAGGAGGAAAUGUUAUCUGCUAAUCGCUGGAGUGCUGCUUCUUACUUUGCUUAUCAUCGUUAUUGCAGUCUCAGCCAGAAAAUGAGAGCAAGACCACAGAGAUCUCCAUUUCAACUGUGCUGUGAUCUCUCCUCAACUUCCCAGCAAAAUAAGAGUCUCUACGUAGAGGUCCACCUGCGCUCACUCCCUUUCUUCUUAUCUCUGUCUAUACUUCUGUCAGAUUGUGUGUGUUUUUGUGUAUGCAUGUAUGGAAAUGUGGGUGUGUGUGAAUGUUCAUUAAAAGAGUCUAUUUUUAAUCAGUGCUUUGUACUGUAAUGUGCAAUUAAUUGCUCCUUACCUCUUCAAAGUGGACUCGAAUCAAAGAAUAAAAUCCAAAUAGACUAAAUGUUGUUGUAGGCUUUUAUGCCGACUUUACUAUAUCAUUUCCGUCAUUUAUCGCUGAUUCUUGAGUACAGAGACAAAACUGGCUGUGGAUUUGCUUGCCUGUAAUUCAGUUUGGAUAUUAUACAAUAUAUUGUUUCUUUGCAAGUUGUAUGACCGAGCUAACAUAUCAAGGUUGUGAAAA